CUCAUCAGAUUCUCCAGUAAUGGACGUGACAGAAGAAGUUAGGGCAGCACACAAGCGAGAAUUCGCUGAUUUCUUGGACCAAGAUGUGGGAAAGGGAAUCUACAUGGAAGAGAUCAAAGCCCUAAUCAGCAACAAGCGCCGCCGCCUCAUCGUCAACAUCUCCGAUCUCCACAACUUCCGCGACUUGGGAAACAGGAUUCUCAGGAAUCCAAGUGAGUACAUCCAAUCCUUCUGUGAUGCCGUCACCGACGCUGCACGCGACAUUGAUCCCAAGUAUUUGAGCGAAGGCGAACAAGUUCUUGUUGGAUUCGAAGGCCCUUUCGUUUCUCGCCGUGUCACUCCCAGGGAACUUCUCUCUGAAUUCAUUGGUUCUAUGGUCUGUGUUGAAGGCAUUGUCACCAAAUGUUCUCUUGUAAGGCCAAAGGUUGUUAGAAGUGUUCAUUUCUGCCCCACCACAGGAAAAUUCACUACUCGUGAGUAUCGAGAUAUUACAUCCAAUGCGGGUUUGCCUACGGGGUCUGUUUAUCCUACGAGGGAUGAAGCUGGCAACUUACUUGUGACUGAGUAUGGAUUGUGCAAAUAUAGAGAUCAUCAAACCCUGUCAAUGCAAGAAGUUCCUGAGAAUUCUGCUCCUGGUCAGCUCCCAAGAACUGUGGAUGUCAUUGUAGAGGAUGACCUUGUUGAUGCUUGCAAGCCCGGAGACCGAGUCGCCAUUGUGGGGAUAUAUAAGGCUCUUCCAGGGAAAACCAAAGGCGGUGUGAAUGGAGUGUUCAGGACUGUGCUCAUAGCCAACAAUGUUUGUCUUCUUAACAAAGAGGCUAAUGCGCCCAUCUACAGUCCUAAUGACCUGAAAAACAUUAAAAAGAUAGCUGAAAGAGAUGAUGCAUUUGACCUGCUUGGUAAUUCGCUUGCACCUUCUAUAUAUGGGCAUUCUUGGAUAAAGAAAGCAGUGAUUUUAUUGAUGCUUAGUGGAGUGGAGAAGAACUUGAAGAAUGGCACUCACUUGCGAGGUGACAUUAACAUGAUGAUGGUUGGUGAUCCCUCUGUUGCCAAGUCUCAGCUCUUAAGAGCAAUUAUGAAUAUUUCUCCCUUGGCCAUAUCAACAACAGGUCGGGGUUCUUCUGGGGUUGGUUUGACAGCAGCAGUUACUUCAGAUCAAGAAACAGGGGAAAGAAGGCUAGAAGCUGGGGCAAUGGUUCUUGCUGACAGAGGUGUUGUCUGCAUUGAUGAAUUUGACAAGAUGAAUGAUCAAGAUCGUGUUGCUAUACAUGAAGUUAUGGAACAGCAGACCGUAACUAUUGCCAAAGCUGGUAUCCAUGCAUCACUUAAUGCUCGUUGCAGUGUGGUGGCUGCUGCAAAUCCCAUAUAUGGAACUUAUGAUCGUUCACUGACUCCAACAAAAAAUAUUGGACUCCCCGACUCUUUGCUUUCUCGAUUUGACCUACUGUUUAUUGUGUUGGAUCAAAUGGAUCCUGAUAUUGAUCGUCAAAUAUCAGAGCAUGUCCUGCGUAUGCAUCGAUAUCGUUCUGUCGUUGACGGGGGUGAGGCAGCUCUUGAUGGGAGCUCAAGAUAUGGAAGAGAAGAUGAAACUGAGACAGAAUCGUCUGUCUUUGUCAAAUAUAACAGAAUGCUGCAUGGGAAGAAAACUGAAAGAGGUCGCAAACGUGAUACGCUUACAAUUAAGUUUCUUAAAAAGUAUAUCCAUUAUGCUAAGCAUAGGAUUCAACCUGAGCUGACUAGUGAGGCAUCUGACCAAAUUGCCACAGCAUAUGCUGAGCUCAGAAAUGCAGGUUCAAGUGCAAAGACCGGAGGAACGCUGCCUAUAACUGCCAGAACUUUAGAAACCAUAAUACGUCUCUCAACUGCUCAUGCCAAAUUGAAGUUGAGCAGAAAGGUUUCAACGUCUGAUGUUGAAGCUGCUUUGAAGGUUCUUAAUUUUGCAAUCUAUCACAAAGAACUGACAGAAAUGGAGGAGCGUGAGCAUGAGAGGGAGAGAGAACAGGAGAAGCGUAGGGCUGAACAUCAUCCUGGUGAAAAUGAUGGUCCUGAUCGUGGUCCUAAAAAUAGAAGGGGGUCAACAUCAGAUGCCAUGGAAGUAGAUGAUGCCAUGGAAGUAGAUAAUAACUCAGCAGCCCAACCUGCCGUCACUCUUACUCCUGAAAGAAUCGAAGCAUUUAACUCUCUAUUUGGUCAGCAUAUGCGUGCCAACCGCUUGGACCUCAUAUCUAUUGCAGACAUAGAGGAUGUUAUCAACAGAAGGGCAGAUUCCACUUACAGCUCGGCAGAUAUAUUACUCCUAUUAGAGAAGUUGCAAGAUGACAACAGAGUGAUGAUAGGUGAUGGAAUGGUGCAUAUGAUAUCAUAAAAUGUUAAGAUGGGUGCACAAUAUAUUGAACAAAGAUUCAGGCAGGGAACAGAAUCUGCUGCUAGCGUAAAAUGCAGUCUACAUCGAGGGAGACUUGAGAAGGAUUUUCAAUUUUUAUAGUUUAUUUAUUUGCUUCCUGGGAGCUCUUUGCUAAUACCGCAACAAAGAGAUGACCUAUAGUUAGUUUUUUCUUUUUUGGGCUUUGGCCCCAUUUCUGUACUAAAAAAAAAAAAGUUGACCCAUAUGAUUGCGUUGGCAUAUUCAUAAUUUUUUGGGUCAUAAGAGAACUUUGUCAUUCCCUAAGUUUAGUGCUGUCCAUAAUUUGACACCACCGAUGUCUUAAUGUAUUUCAGUAGUGCUAAUUGCUAAGUAUUUGUGUGUAAACGCCACUUCUAGAAACGAAU